AUGGAUACCGAAGAAUUUUGGAAUAAUAACCGUACACUUCAUUAUCAAGAGACUUUGGAACCGUACUACUUUGCUUCGUGCAUUUCAUUAGGUAUAAUGGUUGAUAUUGGAGAUGCUAAAGAUAUAAUUGAAGUCGGAAGCGGGACUGGUAUUUAUACUGUACAUUUACUCAGUAAUCUAAAGAAAACGAGGUCGAUCAUAUCUGUAGACGUAUCUCUGUCCAUGAUUGAACUAGCAGAAGAAAGGAAAAAAAACUUAAAUGGUAUCAACAAGAAAAUAGAUCAUAAAUUCUGUCUCGGAGAUGCUCAAGAUUUGGCUUUUGUCAAUGAUGAAUGUGCUGAUGUUUACGUUAGUACUAUGUGCAUUCACAUUAUGUCAGAUCCAAGCAAGUUUCUCGCUGAAGCGUGGAGGGUUUUGAAAUCUAAUGGAAGAAUAGGGUUAACAGUACCUGUGGGAGUUGAUGAUAUUAUGGAUCUAUUCUUGAGAAACUUUAAGAAAGUAGGAUAUCAUCCACGUUUUCCAAAGGAUGUGUUUGAAUUAGGAAAUAGAGAUAAAAUGAUAAAUUUGUUACAAUCUAAUGGGUUUGAAGUUCUCUAUUGUUGGUCAUAUUCCGUCAAGCUACCUUACUCUCGUGAUUCUGAUAUUGAGUAUCUCUUUGAGAAAGGAGACAUAAGCCCAAUGUUUUCAUCUUUAAACGAAAAGCAGAAAGAGGAAUCAAAGGCAAAUAUAGUGGCAGAAUUCAAUGAAAUGAAAAGGAAAUUUAUUCCACAGCUGAUCACGUUGUUAUCAGUUGUUGCGAUCAAGAAACCGUGA